GCCUUGAAAGAGAACUUAAAACUUGGUAAUAAGGGUGGAGAAAAACGUAUAUCAAAAAAGGUGGUUCAGUAUUUACAAGGUUACUUUUUGGCUGGAAACUUGAGAGCCGUGGAUCGUUAUUCACCUGAAAAUAUGCAUACCUGUUUAGAAGAACUUGUUGCAGAAGGAGAAAUUGCCUUGGAAGAAAUACCAACAGUAAAAAUUAUCAAAGGGUGGAUAGGAAGGUACAAUGCCAAUUUCAAGAAAGAAGCAUCAGAGCGAGCAUUG